AUGCGUUUCUCUAUUGCCGCUCUCGCCCUCGCCACUGGCGCCAUGGCCAAUGUUGUCACCGAGACCCUCACCGAGUACACCACCUACUGCCCUGAGGCCACCUCCAUUGUCCACGGAGGCCACACCUACAGCAUCUCCACCCCCGGUGUCAUCACCAUGACCCACGGUCCCUUCACUGUCACCCGUCCCCUUGUGACCUCCACCGUGACUGAGUGCAAGAGCUGCUCUACCUCCAUCCCUGCCUCCUCCACCCCCGUGGUCGCCAGCAGCACUCCCCUCAUCCACGUCCCCGGUGUUGUCACCUCCACUCCUCUGGUCCCUGGCACCGUUCCUACUGGUGUCCCCGGUGUGCCCGGCUCCCCCAGCGGCCCCGCCAGCUCUGCCACCCCCUCCCAGCCCGCCUUCAACGCUGGUUCCAUCAACGCCGCUACCGGUGCUGGUGCCGGCCUGGCUGCCGUCUUCGGUGUCGUUGCCCUCCUGCUGUAA